AUGAAUGCGGUGCGCACCGCCGGCAUCCGGCGGCUGCCACGGUCGAUGUAUCGGCAGAUGAGCCUGUGGAAUCCACCCAAAUUCGAGAAUGAGAAAAUGUUGGACUACGGAAAAGGUUCCCCAGAGAGGGCCGAGUUGACUCGGACGUUGGAUAAAUUGAAGCGGGACAUGCCGUUCAAGAUACCACUCACCGUCAAUGGAUCUCCAGUAGAAACGCUUCAGUCCAGACAACAAGAGAACCCAUCGAAACACCGAGAGAUCGUGGCGGAAUACGCAACAGCAACUCCCGCGCAGACUAAUGCGGCGGUGGACGCUGCUCUCAAGGCCAAACCGGCCUGGGAGGCCAUGCCUUUUGAGGAUCGAGCUGCUAUUUUCCUGCGUGCUUCGGAACUUAUCGCCGGCAAAUACCGCUCGGAAUUGGUAGCAGCCACUAUGCUGGGCCAGGGCAAGAAUAUCUGGCAGGCAGAGAUUGACGCCCCUGCCGAGACGGUUGACUUUUUCCGCAGCUACAUCCAGGAGUGCUGGUCACUCUUCUCGCAGCAGCCUAGAUUCCAGACGGCUGGCACUUGGAAUAAGCUGGAAUAUCGCCCUCUCGAAGGCUUUGUCUACGCUAUUGCACCAUUCAACUUCACGGCGCUUGGCGCGACUCUAAUUAGCCCUGCCGCGCUGCUAGGCAAUGUGGUGAUCUGGAAGCCUUCCGAUUCAGCCCUGCAUGCCAGCUGGCUACUACAUCAAAUCCUCCUGGAAGCCGGACUUCCCAAGGACGUGAUUCAGUUUCUUCCCGGUGAUGCCGAAGAAGUCACCAAUACUAUCCUGCAACGGCCCGAAUUCGGCGCCCUCACCUUCAUCGGUUCAACUCAAGUAUUCAAGAGCCUGCAGAAGAAGAUCGGAAACGGCAUCGGUGACGGCGUCUACAACUCCUACCCCCGAGUUGUCGGCGAAACCGGCGGCAAGAACUGGGGCCUAAUCCAUCCAUCCGCCGACGUGAAGAACGCAGUCCUGAACACCAUCCGCGCCGCCUUCGAAUACCAGGGCCAAAAGUGCUCGGCCAACUCGCGCAUCUACGUCGCCGAGUCAGUCUGGCCUGAGUUCCAGCGCCAUCUGCAAGAAGAACUCAGCCACCUCAGCGUCGGCCCCGUCGACGAAUACCGCCACUUCAUUAAUCCGGUGAUUCACGAACGGGCCUUUGAUCGUCUCGCGCAGGUCCUCGACGCCGCGAAACGAGACCCUGGGCUGGAACUCAUCGCCGGCGGCCACGCCUCUAAGGAAGAAGGCUACUUCGUGCAUCCGACUGUCUACCGGACCACUAACCCCAGACACGAGAUCAUGUCGCGCGAGCUCUUCGGCCCCAUCCUCGGCGUCUACGUCUACCCUGACGCGGAGUGGGAGUCAACCCUGGAUCUCGUGAAUACUACCUCCCGCUACGCUUUGACGGGGAGCAUCUUCGCCAAAGAUGCCGUCGCGUCACGCCACGCCCAGACGGCGCUCAAACAUGCUGCGGGUAUGUUAUACCUGAACAGCAAGUGUACGGGGGCCGUGGUCGCGCAGCAGCCGUUCGGCGGGAGUCGGGACUCCGGAACGAAUGAUAAAACGGGGACAAUGGCGCAUUUGCAACGGUUUGUAAGUGUUCGGACGAUUAAGGAGGAUUUCGGGACGUUGGAGAAGGUUCAAUAUCCGUCGAAUGAGGAGUGA